AUGUCCCAAGAGAAGAAGGCAUCUGAACCGGCCCAGCCAUCCCAGCCAGCAAAACCAACGACACUGAUGGAUGCGCUUCACAUGGCUAAUGAGAAUCAAGCUAGAAAUAUCGAUUACGUACAACAGUUCACAUUUGUAAGAAUGUUCAAACUUGCAUCUUUAUUCGCUAUUACAGCCUAUUUAUUAUCAUUCCAAUCCUUUUUGAUCAAAUCAUCCCUCAAUCCCAUCUUUGGCGGUAUAAACACUGAUUCCCCGCAUAAAGUACUCACUGGUUUGUUAUCUGUACUCCCUCUGCCACUUGCAAUGCACAACGAAAAAGCUAUUAAGAUUAGGAAGACUUUGAAGCCAUUCGCUGUUGCAAUCAUCUGCGCUAUUUCAAAUCCAUUCACUAUACGCUUGAUUGCGAAUAAGUCUUCUCAAUUGGGUGUCGUUUGGGGUCCUAGGAUUGCCUGGUCCAUUCUCCAAGCCCCUAGCUGGAUAUUCGCCAUUAUCAACCUCUAUGAACAUCUUCUAAAGCUCUGUCCGGAUUCAUUCCAAUACGCUCUCCCUUUGAUUGGUUCAUUUAUGUUCCCUUCCAUUGAAACUAGCUUCUCUAGAUUGCUCACACGCGGUUUCCUCUCUCCACUCAUGCCUCAAGACCCCGUUGUCUUCCUCAAAUUGGUUUCUCUACCAGCUGCACUCAUUUCUGUCCUGAUUUCUUUAGGCGUUGGUAAGGCUGAGAAUGAAAGCAUCUUCUCAAGCUCCAAAUCACGCAACUUACUUGUUAUCCCUGUUAUUCUGCUCGCUAUCACCAUCUCAAACUUUGCACCAAGGGAGGCUGUCGAUGGCCAUCCAAUCCUCGCACGCACACAGUCAGUUACUGGUCAGAUAAUCAUCGGCGAAGACGCAGCUCAAGGUUUCAGGUAUAUGCGUGCUGAUCACAGCCUGCUUGGUGGACUCUGGGUUGGUCCAUCAAAGGAGUCACUCAUCAAUCAAUACGGAAACAAGGUAGACUUGAGUGAUGAGGUUGUAGUGAACAACAGCGAGAGUAUUUACACCACUUUCCUUCUCCAAGAAGCAGUCAGACUUGUUAAUAGACCGGAACACCAACAGCUCAACGAGCAGGAGAAAGCGUUGAUCAUCGGAUUAGGCAUUGGUGUCUCAGCGACUGCAUUCGAUAAGCACGGCCUGGAACUUUCAGUUGUAGAAAUAGAUCCAGCCGUCUACAAUUAUGCUUUGGAGUAUUUCGGAGCACCUUCACCCAAACACCUCAAGUUGGCGGAUGCGCGUCGAGCAGUGAUAGAAUGGAUCGUCGAUAUGGACAGUGAGAGUGACAAAUUCGACUAUGUGAUCCACGAUGUAUUUACAGGCGGAGGUGUGCCUGGAAGACUUUACACGACUGAGUCAUGGCAGCAAAUCAAGUACGGAAUGAAAGAGAGCGGUGUGUUGGGCGUCAACUUUGCCGGUGUGGCUUCAUCUCAAGCUACAAGAAUGGUCAUAGGCACCCUCCUCCACGCCUUCCCACAGUGUCGCGCUUUCUCUGAUCGCCCCGUCAACCAGAAGAUGGAGGAGGAAGAGGUUUUCCUCAACAUGGUCGUCUUCUGCACUAAAUUUGCUGAACCAGCUUUGGACUUCAGGCCAGCUACUAGCGCCGACACGCUUAACUCUAUACUGCGCACUAGGGUGUUAAGCAGUUUCACUAGCAAUGAAAUCGACCUUUCCGGUUAUGUGGGGGCUUCCAAUGAGGAUGUUUUGCACGAUGGCCAAUCUAAGAAGCUCGACAAUGUUCAGCAGAAAUCAGCUAUGCAUCAUUGGGAUGUAAUGAGACAGGUGCUGCCAGAACAAGCGUGGUUGAGUGCUGUAUAA